AUGGACAGGUAUCGCAAGCCAUGGCGCACUCCUGCCGCCUCCUGUGCAGACCACAAGUCCAAUCUCGGAGGAGGCAUCUACUCACCCAAGAUGAACACGACCAUGGAAGCCAACGACGUACAAGCUGCUCGCAGGGGAUCUCUUGAAGUUUCUCCGGACCACGAUGGGCCUCCCGCUCCAUGGGGAGGCGACCACGGAGUCCUCGAACCUCCUCCGGCGGUUGAGACCAAUGCACAGAGGCUUGAAGACGUCACGACGGGCUUACCACCACCUUCGAGUGCUUCGACUCUGGCUGCUCAGCAAUGGUAUACGUCAGGCGCAGCAGAAGGAGUAACAUCCAUCCCCAGCUCGGAUGCUACAGCCUAUCAAGCAACCGUGUCACCGACACAUGCUCCGAAGCUCCGACGUUGGAAGCCUGCAUUGAUGAGAGCAGGGCCGCUGUCUGGUAUAUUUGCAAUGGUAGUGGCGCUUGGAAGCAUAGCAGUAUCUCUCGGAGUGCUUGCGGCUUCUGAUGCCGCAGCUGUUAGCGCAUAG